AGGAAUCAAACCUCUCAAAUAACCUACUGAAUCCAAUGGGAGACGGUGGAGUGCAAUCACAUGAGCACAUGACUAAUAAUGAUCAAACAAAUGAGCAGGUUAAUAAUGCUAAUAAUCAACAAAAUAACUUUAAUAUUAUUACUGCUAAAAGGAAACGAACAUCAAACUCAUAUUUAAGUAUGAAAGACCCCAAGAAACCAAAAGACGCAACGCAAAACCCAUCAGUCGUUAAAAUCUCAAACAGAUUUACACCUCUGGCACCACUAAAUAAUGAUAUCGAAAUGGAUGGUAGUGAAGAAGAAAGUAUCCAUGAAGAUGAUGAUAAUCAAGAUAAUCAAAAUCCUGCCAAUAAACAUAAACAGACCAAAAAAACUGUUAAGCCACCUCCACUCGUCGUACACGUAAAUGUCCAAUCACACGCAAAAUUCCUCCAGGCGAUAAGAGACCAAAUAAAAGAUGUCAAACUAUCACAACUAGAAACCAAUGCAAGAUAUCUAGGAAGCACCAAAGUAAGUUGGGACUAUUACCGUAACAAACGGAAAAUCACACAGUGUCAUAAUUGCCAGGAGUGGGGUCAUGCUACCUCUAAUUGUUUUGCUGAACCAGCUUGUCUCAAGUGUGCAGGCAAUCACCUAACAUCAACUUGUGUAAAAACAAGGGAAACUCCAGUUCAUUGCGUUAAUUCCGGCGGGGCACAUCCAGCCAACUUCAUAGACUGUCCGACCUACAAAAAUAUCAUUAGCAAAACCCAAAAUAACCAAAAUCAGAAAAGCAAAAAGAAAUUUGCUCAUCCAAGCUCAGACAUCAGCAACGUGCAACACUUUCCUCCAAUGAAUAAACCAGCCAAUGGAGGCGUAGCAAAUAUGCAUAGUAAUGGUACAAGUAACAAUAGGCAUCAGAUUAACCGAGAUCAGUUUCAGAUUCACCCAAGUGCUACUAACCAAAAUCAGACAGCAGAUAUUAUUUCGCUGGCUAAUGAAAUUCAAGAAAUUGAGCAAAUAUGCGACAUAAAUGAAAUGUUAAGCCUAGUCAAGGAUCUCAAGCAAAAACUACUCAAGUGUAGAAAUAAAACUCAACAGUUUGAAGUCUUUGUGAACUUCAGCUUCACCAUAGGUGUACCCAAAAUAUGCAGCUGUAACUCAAAUGGACUUAAAAAUAAGAUAGGAGAGGUAAUUGAGUUUUUAGAUCGCAUGAGCAUAGACUUAUUUCUCAUCCAUGAAACUAGAUUAAACAGUACUGAUAGAAUUAAAAUUAAAAACUACUCAAUAAUCAGAAGAGAUAAAACCAGCGCGGCCGGUGGCAUCGCAAUAUUAUGCUUAGUUAUUAAAUUAACUAGUCAAUUAUAUGUCGUCUCAGCCUACUGUAGUCCACAGGUUAAAUUUACAGCUAAGGAUUUAGAUAACAUAUUUAACAUAGGAGAAAAAGUGUUAUUAAUUGGAGAUCUAAAUGCCAGACAUCGCACAUGGAAUUGUCAUAGGAUUAAUCCGAGGGGUACUGUCUUAUACAACUACUCACUGAAAAAUAACUAUUGUGUGCAAUUCACAGACAAACCCACGCAUUAUCCAACUAACAACAUGACUCCAACUACUAUUGAUAUAUACGUGAAUAAAAAUGUUAGCCAAGCAAGUGAACUAAAAGUUCUAGAUGAACUAAACUCCGGUCACAACCCAAUCAUCCUGUCACUAGGAAAC